GAGGUGCACCGGAUCCGUACUCCGCAAUUGGAGUUAUCAAAUAUCACACGAGAAUGGCCAAAGACGUCAAAAAGGCCGAAUACUCUUCUCCGGAGGGCUCGCACAAAUGGGAGUAUCUCUGCGCGUUGUUCUGCGCGAUCAGCACGGCCUGCGUCGGUAGCGUGCAAGGAUGGAAUUCGCCGAGUUUAGUCGAAUUCGGGGCACCGGAUUCGCGGAUCUCGUUGAGUGUCGAUGAUGCGUCGACCCUGUCAGCCGCGCCCUCAGUCGGCCACGCACUCUCUCCGAUAUUCUCCGUUCUCACCGUAGACAGGAUUGGCCGAAGAAAUAGCCUCCUGCUUUCCAUGGUCCCAAUGACGGUUAGCUGGGGCUUGAUUCUCAUCGCUGAACACGUUACGGUUCUGAUCGCGGCAAGAGCACUCGCCGGAUUCGCAUCGGGCUUGAUACUUUACUCGAUUCCCAUGUACAAGGGGGAAAUUCUCUCGACGAACUUGCGCGGACCCCUGUCAACGGUCGGCGGCAUUACGUACAAUUUUGGCAAUGUCUUCAUGUUCGCGGUGGCGCCGUAUCUCGGGGUCCGAAUCACGGCAGGCGUGUGCAUGGCCGUGGCAAUCUGCCUCCUGAUUUCCUUCUGGGUCAUCCCCGAGUCGCCCUACUUCCUCGUUAUGGUCAACAAGGUGGAUCAGGCUGAAGCUGCACUCGAAAAGCUCCGGGGCAAACCAGACGUCUCGGAUGAGCUUGAGAUGAUCAAAACUACCGUCCGCGAGAAGGGAAAGACUCUGGCGAAGGUGAAGAAAAACAGUAGCGAAGAGAAAACGAGUAGCGAAGUGAAUCCGAACAAGUGGAGCGACGCUUUCGUUCGGCUCUUCACGGUACGCGGCAACGUGAAAGCCUUUUCCAUCGUCAUCAUAUUCAACCUGAUGCAACUGUUCUCCGGUCUGGGUAAAUUCGUCACUUACGGCCAUAUUAUGUUCGGGGAUAUGCGGUCUCCCAUUACACCGGGCAUAAGUACGACGAUGUUUGUCGUACUUCAAUCGAUUUGCGGCGUGGUGGGACUCGGUACGGUCACCAGAUAUGGCCGCAGACAGCUCGUCAUAAUCUCAGGGGUAUUAAGCGGUAUUUGUCUCUGUAUCAUCGCCUCUUACUUUUAUCUCCUAGAGCAUAUGAAAAUUGACGUAACAGGAUUCUCUGUGAUUCCAUUCUGCACUGUGUAUAUUUUUGUCGUUGUGCAAACUGUCGGUUUGGGUGUCGUACAGGGUGUCAUAGUAACUGAAAUAUUUGCCACUGACAUCAAGGCACUGGCUAUCUGCAUUAUAUCGGUAUUCGGCAGUACCAUGAGUAUUUUUACCAUCAAGUAUUAUUUAGUAGUAGUUAAGAGCUGGGGCCUCGGACAUUCGAUUCCGUUUUUUUUUUUCAUGAUCUCGAUAUGGCUCGGUACCGCCCUCCUCUCGCGGUUGCUCCCUGAGACCAAAGGCAAAACCCUUUUAGAGAUUCAGAGAACACUCAACGACUGAUAAACACGCCGAUUAAGGAACUCAUAAAUCAUCUAUUCGAUAGCCAACACAUUUAUUCGAUAAG